AUGGCCGGCGAGCAGGAACAGGCCCAAGAGGCUGCGGCAGCGCAGAAGGCCUCGGCCACGCAAAAGUCCGAUCCCGACCCUGAACUCGAGCCUGUCGCGACACCUGCCGUCGCCAACGGGAGCGCGGGGGCGCCCAAGAAGAAGAAGAAGGAAGCCCUCAAGCCCAUCAUAACCACAGAAACUCCCCAGCGAAGAGGCGAGCAGGCGAACAGGCGAACAGGCCAGCAGGCGAACAGGCGAACAGGCGACAGGCGAACAGGUGAACAGGCGACUCGAACAGCACCCACGCGAGCGCCGCUCAGACCUAUCAGAACCGGUCAGAGGCAAGGCCUGAUCAUCAGCAGAGGCUGGCAGGCGGUACUCAGGCGGCGGCACACGCUGCGAGCUGCCCAGUGGCAUGCACAUCGCAGGGGGAGGAGGGGGGUGCUGGCGACGGAGAGGGGGGCUGUCCCUGUCCAGUCUGCUGCUCCCGCUCAGCUCCACGUCCCCUAA